UGAUCCCAAUCAAUAAUGUUAAUCGUCAAUGCCAUUUCUUUAAGACCCUUUAAUACACCUGGAGCCAUCCAGCGUGCCAAACAGAAUGUGGAACGUGACUUUGCUGUCGUCGGCUCUUGGGAGGAUGUGAAUGUAACCCUUGCCGUUUUAGAGCAUUAUAUACCGCGUUUCUUUCGUGGUGUCACAGAUCUAUAUUAUGAGCCAAAAGGUUUGGCCUAUUUGCCGCGUAAUACAAACCACUGGAAACCGCAUAUUAGUGAGAAAAUCAAAAAUAUGAUGAGACCAAAUUUCACCCAGGAAUAUGAUUUUUAUUAUUUUUGCAAACAACGUUUGUAUCGUCAGUAUUUCGCAAUAAAUCAUCAUCUGGAAUUAUGAUUAGUCUAAUUAGUCUUAGUCGACCAUCAGU